CAAACCCCACCCGUCCUCUCACUCAGGCAAUCCUCCCCCGGAUCCCUCACCCCUCUCACAGUCUUACUCAACAGGCUACAUACACCUUGCGGGACCAACAGAUCUUCCUUUGCUCGCAGAUCUGCCUCUUCCUUAAAUCCAUUUCACACUUGCAGAUUGCACGACACUCUGUCCAUCAAUAGCAUCAAAGCUGUUUUAUCCUCUAUCCAUCACAGGACCAUCUGGUUUUUUUCAUAUCUUCCCAAAUGGCUUCUCACACUCAUCUGGAUGAUGAUGAUGAUUUUGGUGGUGAUUUUGCCAGUACUCACAGUACAAGGCGUUCAGGCAACAAAAGAGGAUUUGGUGAUCUCGAGGAUGACGAGGAUGAUAUCUUUGGAUCGAAGAAGGGUCGUUCAAAAGUAGAAGAAACUGCUCCUGGUGUUGCAACUGGAAUGAUUUUGUCUCUUCGUGAAAGCCUUCAGAAAUGCAAGGAUGCCCUUGCGUCAUGCCAGGAGGAACUUGAAGCUGCAAAACAAGAGAUUCAAAAGUGGCAUUCUUCAUUUCAGAACGAAGUCUUCAUACCAGUUGGAACAUCUCCUGAGCCUAAAUUAGUGAUUAACUAUAUUCAAAUGCUGAAAUCCUCUGAGAAGUCCUUAAAAGAACAGCUAGAAAUAGCAAAGAGGAAAGAGGCUUCAUGCAUCGUACAAUAUGCAAAAAGGGAGCAGGAGAUGGCUGAGUUGAAGUCAGCAGUGCGGGAUCUGAAAGCACAAUUAAAGCCGCCAUCAAUGCAGGCAAGGAGGCUGCUACUGGAUCCAGCCAUUCAUGAAGAAUUUACACGCUUAAAGAAUUUAGUCGAGGAGAAGGACAAAAAGGUUAAGGAACUGCAGGAUAACAUAGCUGCUGUUAGUUUUACUCCACAAAGCAAGAUGGGAAAGAUGCUUAUGGCAAAGUGCAGAACAUUGCAGGAGGAAAAUGAGGAGAUUGGAAAUCAAGCUGCUGAAGGGAAGGUUCUUCCCAAUAUACAACCAAAUGAUGUUGUGGAUGAGUCUGGAAGCUUAACCUUAAAGGGCUUCUGCACUUGGUUAAAAAUGAGGGAGCUGGCUAGGAGUUCCCUUAAGAGCAUAUUAGGGAAAUUGGUGCCUCAUUUAAGGUGGCUUUUUUUAUUGUUUGGAAAGCAGUAAGGGAAUGCAUACGACCUUGUCGAAAGGUGGAAAAUUGUGGUAAAUUGGUGCUGUUUGUGUAAAAAAAGCAGUAGAGCUUGCAACCACAUCAUUCUUUGGUGACCUUUCUUAUUGCUUUAUCUUAACAAUCUUAUUUAAAAAAAAAACAUUGCUUUAUCUUAACAAUUGAGUUUGGAGAGGCAUCGAUAGGGAUAAAUGCUCCAACAAGACUUUAGGCCUCAGCCUCUUGACUGCUUUCACAUCGUUGGAACGAAAGAGAUAAGAGAACUCUUGUGUAUAGAGUUACUUUUACAGAUUUGAAGAUUUAUGGUUUCAGACCCCAGACUUUUGAUUAAGAACCAUCCCUUUUUUCAUUCAUACGAGGAUCUAGGGACCUUAUCGAUUUUCUGAUAGACUUGUAAAUAUCUGUAUGCAGGUUGCAUUCCUGUAGUGCUUAUUUAUACUAAUUACUUUUUUACUCAAAAAAGAAGUCAAAUCAAUAAAUUUCUUCUAAUUAUAGGAGAUCAUAUUUGCUAAUUUCUAAAGGUAUUAACUUUUUCUACUUUGAAUAUU